AUGGUUGAUUUUCACUUGCUGCUCUCGCGACUUUGGGAAAAGCUCGUGCUGACAGGACCGGUCACACUCUGCGUAGGUUUGCAGCUGCUGACAACUUUUCGCUCAUUUCGGCAGAGUGAAGGUGACCUACUGCUUCGAAUUCUUCGCCUGGCCACAUAUGAGCUGCCUUUCUUUAUGAAUCUCGUCUUUUGGACUUGUACUGCGCUUGCUGCCACGUUGAGCUCCUCGAGCUACACAGAUCGCGGCAACUUUCACAGAUCCUCCGUCGCGAGCUUCUCUCUUGGUCUUUUCGUUUUCGUGGAUUCUACAAGGUUCAUUUUCGAGCACUUGGAAGGGAGUAUUUUUCAGAAACGACGCCUAGCGAGGCCCGUUCAACCCGCGAAUGACCCGCACGCUGUUUAUAUUCACCUAGCAUGUAUAGCUGUAUGUUUAGUAUACAUCUUCACUUCAUUCUGGAAGAAAUGGGGAGUUUUAUCGAGUGAUGUUACUUUUGUGAACUUUUUCACAGCGCUGAUUGUUAUCUAUGUCAAUCGCAUCUCAUUGGAAUUGGCUUGCACUGCGCAACAAGCAAACAGUGUCGAGUUUUUCGCCGGAUGCGAACUAGCAACAAAACGAGUCCUAUUACAUGGAAUGAUAUCAGCGAUUCUCGGUUUUGCUGUCAUGUGGUUUAAUAUGCUGCCGAUUCUCAUGGUAGUCCCUUCAAAACGAACCACGAGACUUGAAAUAGCGAUCAAGCGUGUCGCAGCACUUCCGGGGUGCCGUAGAAUCAUUAGCGCGCUCCUCUGGCGUAACUUAGAGGGGCACUGGGAGGCAGCUGUUUCCAUGGCAGUUUGUGAUGAACUCAGUCAGCACUUGGUAGCAUCAUUGGCAAGGGGUUGCAUGAAAUCAUGCGCAGACGAUGUGACAUCCAUGGCGGUUCUAGAAAGAGAGAACGCUGUGCCCGUCCGUGAAAGUCGCCAAACUUGUGAGCGCUCUUUCGGUACAGAGCACUUUUUAGAUAUUGAGCAAGCAAAAUCAAUUCCGACCGCCUCAACGUGUCUCAUGCAUAAUCAUGCGGAGUAG